AUGUUUGGCAAAGAGUUUGAUAUGCAACUCGAGGAGGUGCAGGAGGUACGCAGACUCCACCAACUGGAGAGUGACAUGACCAUGAAGGAGGUGCGAACCAAGGCUCUGGAGCGGCUCAAAGAGCUUAUGGCUGACUCGCCUGAAUACGGAAGAUUUGAUUGCCUCUUCGCGAGCGAUGUGAGCGAGAGUCUCAGAGUUAUUCACACGGACACCCGCGUGUCAAUGGCGCCCUACACCCAAAACAGCACGCCGAUAGUGGAGGAAGAGAGCAGCAGGGUAAAGUACCGCUAUAGCGUGCUGCAUGGCUUGGACCCAUUGAGCGACGCAAAUGCUGCAGAUGCCACCAGGGCGUCGGAGCCGCUCAGCCUGCGUGAGGUGAUCUCUCAGCAUGUCUCGAAGUGGUCAAACUCUGGAACCUGCAAGUCCUCAUCAGAGACGCGAAUUGGCGCAGCGGAGGUUCAAGUGGAUCCCUCAGCGGAGCUCCGUAAGAAAAAUAACCUGCGAGCCUCUUCUAUAUUAAUGGAGUUGGACUGA